AUGGCGGGCGUGCUGCGGUUGGACACAGAACAAGACUUUCGACAAGAAUACUUUUAUAGAAACAGUUUAGCAGAGGAAAGUAGAGAGAAAGAAAACCAGGCUGCCAUCCGCAUCCAGAGCUGGGUCCGAGCCUGCAGAGUCCAGGCUUAUAUCAGCCAUCUGCACAAGAAAGCAGUCAUUAUACAGAAGAUAUGGCGAGGCUUCAGAGCAAGGUCACGUUUCAGACAAAUGGUGAAGGCGGCAUAUUUUAUCAUGAAGAUGAAUUUCUACGAGGCCAUGGCGGUCAGAAUUCAGAGAAGAUGGAGAGGAUAUUAUGUGAGAAAAUAUGUCCACAAUUUCUACGCACGCAAGAGUUAUUUGGAAAAUAUUUCAAUGAAAAACAAACAAGUCAGGAGAGAUCUGGAUGAACUUGAGGAGCUGCAGAGGAGAGAGAGGAAAUGUCUGGAGAUGGUAAAAGAGCAAACAGCCAAACUCUACCAAGCUCAUCGUUUACAUCAUCUCGUCAGUACAAAGCAGUGCCCAGGGGUCUUUAACUCUCCAUUCAGACGGGCCCCCCAUGAGAUGGAGCUGCUGCUGAGGCAGGUCAAGUACCAGGCCCCCACCAGGCUCAACCCCAGGGACAGGGCUUUUCAGUUGGGCACGCCUGGCCCAGCAGCCCCCAAUUUUCCUGAGACCCUUGGAUCCCCAUGGAUUAAAAGCACACAUUCUGGGAGCUCCUCAAGGCCUGUACUGCCCCCCAUUGUCAGCAGGAAACCACAGACCUCCUACACCCUGCUGGAGGAUGUGCAGAACGACCUACGUCAACACAACCUCAGUGCCUUUACACGGCCCAUCUACGCCAACAAGACCCUUAACUGA